CCUUAUGGGAAGGUUACCAACGUCCUUGUCCUAGCGAGCCGCACACUGACUGCCUUCACGCAAGGGCUUGGGGAUCUCAGUCAUUCAGUUGUCCGUGUAAAAAAAAUCCGGUUUUCAGACAUGAUGGCAGCAAGAUUUCUCCGUCGCUCCCUCCCUGUGCUCAGGCAGGCUCGCUCCUACGCCGAGGCUGUCUCCGGAGCCCCGCAGAUGUCCUUCACUUUCGCCUCUCCGACACAGGUGUUCUUUAAAGAGGCCAGUGUGAAGCAGGUUGAUGUGCCCACGCUUACCGGUGCGUUUGGUAUCCUCCCUGCCCACGUUCCCACCCUGCAGGUUCUCAGGCCUGGUGUGGUCACAGUCAUCAGUGACGACGGUUCCUCCGUCAAAUACUUUGUGAGCAGCGGGUCAGUCACAGUCAACGCUGAUUCUUCAGUGCAGCUGCUAGCUGAGGAGGCCGUCCCCUUGGACCAGCUGGACAUUGCAGCUGCCAGGGCCAACCUGGAUAAGGCCCAGUCUGAAAUGGCUGGUGCAUCCGAUGAGGCAGCGAGGGCAGAAGUUCAGAUCAGCAUAGAGGCCAAUGAGGCCAUCGUCAAGGCUCUGGAGUAGACCUGUGGUAAUCUUUUCUGUUUAUUUGAUGGAAAUAAUUCGUCCAUCUCUGUGUUUCCAGCUCAGUCACGUCAGUGUCCAGAGGAUUCCAUACUUGCUUUGUACAGUGGAUGAAAUUACAAAAUAAAUUUAUUUGGAAUUAA